GCGUGAACGCGCGGCGCGGCCACGUGCAGCUGUGUUGAGGAAGCCUUGAAGAGAGGACGGCGGCGUGUGUGACGUGUGUGAGGUGACGUGAAGUGACGGCAAGGACGGCAGACAGAUUCUGACAGAAUCCUCCAAACACACACACACACACACACACACAGACACUGGAGCAGCUUUUCCCCCGGAAUUUGAUUCUCCAUGAUCGACACAUCGGACCGGCGGAUUGUGGCUGGCGUGUCCGGACGCACCGCAGUGGGCUCCGGCUGACUCGGUGGCGGUUGGCCGCUCUUCCUCGUCGCUCGGGCGGACUGGAGGAGGAGGAGGAGGCAGCGGCGGCGGCGGCGGAGGAGGAGAAGGUUGGGAUGUCCUGAGUUGCUGCCAGCGUGCCCGGCGAGAGCGCAGCGCUGAUGGGAGCUGCUGUGCCACCAUGAGCUUACAAGAUGGCAGCUGCAGCUACGCCAGCAGCGCCAACAUGGCCACCGCCAGCGGCAGCAUGCGGCGGCGCCUGGAGGACCAGGAGUUCAGCCUUCGCGUCUACCCGGGCUCCCUGGCCGAGGGCACCAUCUACUGCCCCGUCAGCGCCCGCAAGAACACCACAGCGGCCGAGGCCAUCGAGUGCCUCAUCGAGCGGCUGCGCCUGGAGCGCACCAAAUGCUACGUGCUGGCCGAGGUGAAGGAGUUUGGCGGCGAGGAGUGGAUCCUCAACCCCGGCGACUGCCCCGUGCAGCGCAUGAUGCUGUGGCCCAGGAGCGCCUUGGAGAACCCCGGCGGGCUGGGCAGCGGCGACGAUUACCGCUUCCUCCUGCGCGAAAAGAACCUGGACGGUUCCAUCCACUACGGCGGCAGCCUCCAGAUGUGGCUGCGGGUGACGCAGGAGCGCCGCCGCAUGGUAGAGCGCGGCUUCCUCCCCCAACCGGCGGGGAGCAACCCCCCGACGGAUUUGUGCGCUCUCCCCGAACUGACGGAGCACGCCCUCUUGGAGAGCCUGCGGGCACAUUUCCGCCAAGAGAAGAUCUACACCUACGUGGGGAGUAUCCUCAUUGUGGUCAACCCCUUCCAGUUCCUGCCCAUCUACAACCCCAAGUACGUCAAGCUCUACGACAAUCACACGCUGGGCAAGCUGGAGCCGCACAUCUACGCCGUGGCCGACGUGGCCUACCACGCCAUGCUGCAGCGCCGCCACAACCAGUGCAUCGUCAUCUCGGGCGAGAGCGGCUCUGGCAAGACGCAGAGCACCAACUUUCUCAUUCACCACCUGACCGCCCUCAGCCAGAAGGGCUUCGCUAGCGGCGUGGAGCAGAUCAUCCUGGGGGCGGGGCCCGUGCUGGAGGCUUUUGGCAACGCCAAGACGGCCCACAACAACAACUCCAGCCGCUUUGGAAAGUUCAUCCAGGUCAACUACCAAGCCAGCGGCACUGUUAGAGGGGCCUAUGUGGAGAAGUACCUGUUGGAGAAAUCUCGCCUGGUCUACCAGGAGCAUAAUGAAAGGAACUACCACGUCUUUUACUACCUGCUGGCUGGAGCCAGCGAGGAGGAGAGGAAAUCCUUCCACCUGCUCCAACCUGAGGAAUACCACUACCUCAACCAGAUAACAAAGAAAUCGCACAAACUCCGCUGGGACAAUUACUCUGACAGCGAGCUGCAGGACUGCUUCAGCGUGGAGGGCGAGGACUUGAAACACGACUUUGAGCGUCUGCAGCUGGCGAUGGAGAUGGUCGGCUUCCUUCCCGCCACACGCAAACAGAUUUUCUCGCUGCUGUCGGCCAUCCUCCACCUGGGCAACAUCCGUUACAAGAAGAAGACCUACAGGGACGACUCCAUCGACAUCUGCAACCCAGAGGUCCUUCCCAUCGUCUCGGAGCUGUUGGAGGUGAAAGAGGAGAUGCUGCUGGAGGCACUGACCACCAGGAAAACCAUCACCGUUGGCGAGAGGCUCAUCGUGCCCUACAAACUUGCUGAGGCGGGCACGGUGAGGGACUCCAUGGCCAAAUCGCUGUACAGCGCUCUCUUUGACUGGAUCGUGUUCCGGGCUAAUCACGCUCUGCUCAACAACAAGGACCUGGAGGACAAGUCAAAGAUCUUCUCCAUCGGCGUGUUGGACAUCUUUGGAUUUGAGGACUACGAGAACAACAGCUUUGAGCAAUUCUGUAUCAACUUUGCCAACGAGCGUUUGCAGCAUUACUUCAACCAGCACAUCUUCAAGCUGGAGCAGGAGGAGUACCGAGCCGAGGGCAUCAGCUGGCACACCAUCGACUACAUCGACAACAGCAGCUGCAUCAACCUCAUCAGCAAGAAACCCACGGCGCUCUUCCACCUGCUGGACGAGGAGUGCAACUUCCCUCAGGCGUCCAAUCAGACCUUGCUGGACAAGUUCAAGCGUCAGCAUGAGGGAAACAGCUACAUCGAGUUCCCCACCGUCAUGGAGCCCGCUUUCAUCAUCACGCACUACGCCGGCAAAGUCAAGUAUGGAGUUAAGGACUUCCGGGAGAAGAACACGGACCACAUGCGUCCCGACGUGGUGGCCUUGCUGAAGAGCAGCAAAAACGCCUUCAUCUGCGGCCUGAUGGGAAUCGACCCGGUGGCCACAUUCCGCUGGGCCGUUUUGCGCGCCUACUUCCGGGCCCUGGUGGCUUUCAGGGAGGCCGGACGCCGAUACAUGAAGACAGGUCACGAUUCCGCCGUGCCCUGCGCCACCGUCAAAACCGUGGACAGUUUCAGUUUCCUUCAUCACCCGGUUCACCAGAGGAGCCUUGAGAUCCUUCAAAGGUGCAAGGAUGAGAAAUACAGCAUCACCAGGAAGAACCCUCGCUCUCCGCUGGCAGAUCUUCAAGGCGCCAACACCCUGAAUGAGAAAGCCGGGCGGGAUGGCUUCAGUGCCGGCUGCAAUGGGCGCGGGCCGAGGUCGGGACGCCUGUCGUCGGCGGGGAGCCUGACGGCCCUGGGAGAGGACGGCAUCUUCGUCAACUCGUCCAACAGCAAACUCCUGGAACGAGCUCAGGGAAUCUUACUAAGAAACAGAAACUGCAAAGUCAAGCCCAGCCUGCCCAAGCACUUGUUGGACGUAAAAUCUCUGCGUCACCUGAGCAGCGUGACGCUCCACGAUCGCAUCACCAAGUCAUUGCUUCACUUGCACAAGAAGAAGAAACCGCCCAGCAUCAGCGCUCAGUUCCAGGCUUCCCUCACUAAACUGAUGGAGACGCUUAACCAAUCGGAGCCGUACUUUGUCAAGUGCAUCCGCUCCAAUGCUGAGAAGCUGCCGUUGCGCUUUAAUGACAGCUUAGUGCUGAGGCAGCUGCGCUACACGGGGAUGCUGGAAACCGUCCGGAUCCGACAAUCAGGCUACAGCGUCAAGUACACCUUCCAGGAUUUCGUGCGCCACUUUCACGUGCUGCUGCCUCGAGGCACAACCGCAACCAAGUCGGGCAUCAGAGAGUUCUUCAGGCAGAUCCAUCUGAUGCCGGCCGGCUACCAAGUGGGCAACACCACGGUGUUCCUGCGGGAGGCGGAGCGUCAACGUCUUCAGACGCUCCUGCACCAGGAAGUUCUGCGGCGCAUCGUCACGCUGCAGCGUCGCUUCCGAGCCGUCCUGGAGAGGAACAACUUUGUCAGGAUGAGGCUGGCUGCACGUGUCAUCCAACGCUGGUGGCGAUGCUGCCUCGUUCGAGAGUCCACCAUGGAUCUGAGGCUGCAGGAGCGAGCGGUGGUGUGCCUCCAGACAACCUGGAGGCGCUGCAGGCAGCGCCGGACAUUCCUGCGGUGGCGCAGCUCGGCCGUGGCCAUCCAGAGGAGCUGGAGGACGCGCCGGCGCCAAAAGACGGCGGCGGCUGUCGCCAUCCAGGCGGCUUGGAGGGGAUUCGCUGAGAGGAGACGCUACUGUGAAACCUGCAGGACUGUGAUGUUGCUGCAGGCCAUGGCGAGGGGUUACCUGGCCCGCCUAAGAUUCCGAGAACUGAAGCAGCAGCACGAAGUGGGGGCGCCCAUCAUUCAAGGACCCGACGACGACCUCACCUCGAAACAGGAUCAUGUGGAGAACCUCUCCGGGGACCCGGCGGAAGACAAUCGAAGUCGGUGCGCGGACGAGGCCAGCCACAAGACUCGAGCCAAGCGAGAGAGCAGGCGCAUGAGAGAGCUGGAGCAGGCACAAUUCAGCUUGGAGCUUCUCAAGGUUCGCACCGGAAAUGUCGACAUGCCUCCUCGGGGAGAGUUGGAACCAGACAGCGCCACCUGUCGCCCGGAGGACCAUCGCAGACAUUCGCCUCUCGGGUCUCUUGAUAGCUUUGAGGCGCUCGCUGCCGAGGACACAGAGACCGAAAGUUCGGGAGCUUUCACGUCCUGUUCGACCGCGCCUCGAGAACGUUUGACUUCAGAGCCAGCGAGAGAUUCAAACCACAAUGAAAAGCCAGAGACGGCGUCACCGCUCAGGACCGAGAGCCCGAGGGCGACGUUUUACAUCGCUUCGGACCAAAGUCCUGUCCGAGAACUGACACGCGAAAGCCCCAGCAAGUCUUCCAAAGACAGAAGGGAGUCCACGUUUCGAAAGCCCAUCGUGGUCUUGAUCAGUAUGCAAAAAGGGAGUCCUCUGGAAGAGGGGUCGUCGGUAGUCCAAAGUCCAGACAGAACUUCUGAAUGCAGAGAACCGCAAGCCAGUUCCCAACGGACACACAUAUCGGGUUUGGAGGUAGCAUCUACUGUUGAAGAAGAAAGAACUCCACAGUCCACUUUUGAGGAAGGCGAUUCCUCCAUGGUUCCAUCUUCAGCCACUUUUGAGGCAAGCCCAGAAGUUCCUGGCUUUUGCUCCUCAGAAGUGGACAUCAAGAUCACCCUGGAGGCCAAAGCCGGCUUUUCUCCCACCGUCCGCCCGGGUCAGCGGGAGAAUAAAGCGGUCCCGCGUGGGCAGGGAGCCGCUAGCCCGCUCCUUGACACCAAGCCACCCAAAGCCCAGAAGAAGAACUCGGCUCAGACCGUCAUCGUCAACAUGACGGAGAAGCCCACCAACACGGCGCCACCCAGACGCAAGCUUCCGUUCUCCAAGUCCGAUAAGGAUUUGGUGACCCAGGGAAGAUCUUUGUCCAUGUUCAAAGAUGAUUCCAGGACCAGAGAGCAGGUCGGGCGGCCGGGCCCCAAAAAGAAAGCACGCAUGUCCCGGACGCGCUCCGACUUCCUCACUCGCUGUAACUCGGAAGGAGCCACGCGCUCGGACGACGAUGACGACGAGUACUACGUCCCCGCCCACUCCCGCACGCCGCCCCCCUCCCCGUGCCCCCCGCGCAUUCGCCCCAAGACCGACUGUCACAGUGACUCCGAGAUGGAUUCCCACAAAGACCCAAAGAAGAUCCAUAAGACCUUGUCAUCGGGAGAUCUGGGCAAAGUAGAGGUGCUGAGGAAAACCUCCAGUCAAGAUGGAAGAAUGAGAGGGAAGAUGCGAUUCUGGAGUAAAAGUAAACACGGCAGGAAAAAAGUGUCCAGCAGGGGCGAAAGUGCUGCUGAAACACCCGAGGCUCCGUCGCCUCCUCUCAGUCCCGACCUGAAGGCAGCGUCGCCGCCACGGGGCUUGCGGGACAGCAAGGAGAACAAGGAGCCGUCUCCCAAGAUGCGGCGGCGGCGCAGCCUGAAGAUCAGCAGCGUGGCUCUGGAACCCGCCCAGUGGCAGAAUGACGCGCUGCACAUCCUCAGCUCGGCUCACGACUACCGCACCAUGAACGACUUCCUGCUCAAGAAGAUCGCCGACCUGGAAAGUGAAAAUGGCAAGAAGGACACCAUGGUGGAUGUGGUCUUCAAGAAAGCCCUGAAGGAGUUCCGCAUCAACAUCUUCAACUCGUAUUCCACCGCCCUGGCUAUGGACGACGGGAGGAGUAUUCGCUACAAGGACCUGCACGCCCUCUUUGAGCACAUCCUGGAGAAGAGCAUGCGGCUGGAGCACCGCGACUGGAACGAGUCGCCGGUCAAGGUGUGGGUCAACACAUUCAAGGUCUUCCUGGACGAGUUCAUGACCGAGUACAAGCCCAUGGAGGGGACCAUCGGCAGGGCCGCCAAACGAGAGCGCAAGAAGUCACGCAAGAAGGACACUGACAUUGUUGAGGAGCACAACGGCCACAUCUUCAAGUCGACGCAGUACAGCAUCCCCACGUACUGCGAGUACUGCUCGUCGCUCAUCUGGAUGAUGGACCGAGCCUGCGUCUGCAAACUCUGCCGCUACGCCUGCCACAGGAAGUGCUGCUCCAAGAUGGCCACCAUGUGCAGCAAGAAGUACGAUCCGGAGCUGUCGCCUCGUCAGUUUGGCGUGGAGCUCUCCAGGCUGACCGGCGAGGAGCGCAACGUCCCCCAACUGGUGGAGAAGCUCAUCAACUACAUCGAGAUGCACGGCCUCUACACGGAGGGCAUCUACAGGAAGUCGGGCUCCACCAAUAAAAUCAAGGAACUGCGGCAAGGGCUGGACACCGACGUGAGCAGCGUGCUCUUGGACGAUUACAACAUCCACGUCAUCGCCAGCGUGCUCAAGCAGUGGCUCCGCGACCUGCCCAGCCCGCUCAUGACAUUUGAGCUCUACGAGGAGUUCCUCCGAGCCAUGGGUCAAGCCGACAAGCAGGAGGUGAUCCGAGGUGUGUACUCUGUCAUCGACCAGCUGAGCCGCACACACCUAAGCACGCUGGAACGCCUCAUCUUCCACUUGGUCAGGAUUGCGCUGCAGGAGGACACCAACAGGAUGUCGGCCAACGCGCUGGCCAUCGUCUUCGCCCCGUGCGUCCUGCGCUGCCCCGACACCAUCGACCCCCUGCAGAGCGUCCAAGACAUCAGCAAGACCACAGCGUGUGUGGAGCUGAUCAUCAAUGAGCAGAUGAGCAAGUACAGAGCGCGUCUGAAGGACAUCAACAGUCUGGAGUUUGCCGAGAGCAAAGCCAAGAGCCGACUGAGCCACGUCAGGAUGUCCAUGAGUAAAAGCCGCGUUCGGCAAAGCGGCGCCCACGCGCAGUCUCCGCCGCUCAGCCCCAGGACGGGCCCCCCGGGGGCGGACAGCGAAAGCGCGGGAGUGGCUGGCGAGGAAGCAGCCGAGGGGACGCUGAGCGAGCAGCAGCAGCUCGCCAUGCAGCAAGAGGAACGGAUCCUCACCGAGCAGAUUGAGAGUCUGCAGAAAGAAAAGGAGGAGCUGACAUAUGAGAUGUUGAUCCUGGAACCGCGAGCGUCCGACGACGACACUCCAGAAUCGGAAGCGUCCAUCGGCACCGCCGACAGCUCCGAGAACAUCACCAUGGAAACGGAGGGUGCCACAGGGGAGCACCCCGAAUCGGGCGCUUAUGGCUCCCGAAAAUGUGAGAUGAAGUGCAGGCGACCUUUGCGUCGCCAUCCCGACUCGGUGGACUCGGCCGACUCGGCCUCCGUUGUCUCCUGCUUCAAUCAGCCGCCUUCGGACUCGCCUUCCCCUCACUACCGCUUCCGCUCGUCGUCUUCGGGACCCCUGCUGGCCUCCUACAGCCCGGGAGGGGCGGGAAACGCGUCCGAGUCAGGGCGGCGACCCGGGAAAGGCCUCCCCAGCCACAGGCUCCGCCUGAGCCGCAGCUCGCCGAGGGAGACGUCGGGCGGACACCGCAGGGAGCCCGAGUUCGGCUCGGCGCCGCAGCAGCUGGUUCUGUACGGCAGUAACGAGUUCAUGGUGUGACGGGGCGGAACGAAGGCCUCGAUAUUCAGGUUCGGCCGAGACUGGUCACGGGGGUCGCCCCUGCCCGCCCCCCUCCUCGGCAGGGCAGGUGAGCACUGAGCCAGAGCGCAGAAGAAGACAAAGGAAGUGCCGCUGAACUUGGGGUGGGCCGUCUAUCUUCUUCAGCUUGUAGCCAUAACGACUGAAUCGCUCAGCUACGCUGAACUCUGCUAAGCUAAGCUAGGCUGAGCGAAGUCCGCUUGUCACGUUUACACACCAGCCGAGAUGCAGCAUGCUCAACCGUUUGACUCCCUGUCAAGAAAGCGCGCCACAGCUGACACUGUACGCGGAAGAUAAUAGGGCUGAACAAUUUUGAAAAAUCAUAUCAUUGUAUUUUUUUCACCAUUGUGAUUUACUAUGCGGGCAUCCUUUUCAAGCUUCUCUUCCCCAGCCUGUUUUUAACAAACACAAGCAAUAAAUUAAUUUGCAUUGCCGUAAACAAGAUUCAUCAUACCAAAUUGUUUUGGUCUUACAGGUGAUGCUAAAAUAAAGGACAAAUUAAUAUGAAAACCUUUUAUAUAUUUACCAAACAUUAGCCAUCUUUAAGGUGUUGACUAUAACACCCUCACAACAUUUGUAAGUGUGAACAUAAAUCAUAAGAUUAGGACACAAGCCGCAGAUUUGGCUUUUAUCACGUCAACGUUUUAUGAAAAAAAAAAAUGCUGACCCACAGAAGUGAAUUAACCCCCCCCCUCCCCCAUUGCAACCUAUUGUGUUAGACGACAUUGAGUUUGAGGAAUUGUUCAGCCCUAGUAAAGAAGGCCAAAAUCAUCCAUUCCCUCAAGUGGUCCGGUGACACGGAAGUUCGAUGCUUGAGCGUGACGUCAUGGCGAUUAGCACCUCCGCCUCCUUCCAUCGCGACUCAAACUUUCGAACGCGCUUGGCUGGCGACCACUGAAACCCGGACUAGUGAUGCGGAAGAUUGUAUGAUUCUGACCAUGUCCCAUGGCAAGAACAUGUACAUAGAGAGCAAGUGAAAAUUAGGACACGCUUUCAUACCGGUGCCACGCUUGUGAACAUCAGUGUUAUGACGUCACCACUUUGAAGUUCUCUCUUCCGUUUUUACUGUAAUAACGUGUGCUGUCAUUGUUAUAUUGUUGAUAUGCUUAGUUUCUGUCGGUCAACACUUGACGGACUUUUUUUUGACGUAUCGGCUCACACAUACACGCACAUAUUCUCUAGGUCAGUCAUCAAAGUAUUCGCUAUUUUAUUCCAAAAUCUGGGGAAAACUUCACUCUGACAGCUCGCUGGUUUUCAUUCACACACAGUAAGGCGCUUUCCAGAUGCUUCUGACUUAUUCCUCCUCCUUGUUGAGCUCAACAAGCAGCGCUUCCGUCCACUCGUAGCAUUUAAUACGCAGAAACCAAAACACGUAGCAGCCAAAUAUUUCGUGCAGUGAGGCUCAUGAAGGCCUCAUGGGUGGCCGUCAAUAAAACUGUGAGACAAGACCAUCAGUAUUAAGCAGCUUUCCACCGCCUCAGUUUACUAUAUACACACACACACACACACACAAAAAUGAGCUGGAUGAACAAAAGUGAUUAUCGUUCUCUAUUCUUCGUUUAUGUCCUUUUGCAUAAUUUGUGCGGGGGAAAAAAAGUGAAUGUAAGUGUCACUGGAAGGCAUGCUCUGCUUUCUUGGGUCCUUUUUGGUCCUCUUUUAUACACAGUGUAUGUACUGUAUGUGAAUUUUAUUUAUGUCCACGCUUACUGCGGUUUCAAAGGAUUUCUUAUGAAGGAUAUAUUAUCCUGCGUACGAUCAAGUGCUACAAGGCCAGCAAAGAAAAACGAAAUAAGGUUUUGGCUGCGCCACUCUGUAACAUAGUUAUAUACGAGGUGCAAUUUGUGUUCGUUUUUUUUUAAUUAUUAUUAUUUUAAUGACACAAACAUGUUUAUGGUUGUAAGAGUAAAUAAAAUACUAUGGGGGAAGUUCAUCAGACUAACUGCAGAUUUAUGCAAAUGGGUGGUUAUUUAUUUUGUUGAUUCUUUUUCACGAAUCAGUUUCCUAAUAGCAAAACCUGACCUUCGUGAUUAUUUAAGGGGAAUUCAAGUCAAACACAAAUUCAGUAUUAUGAUUCAUCUUGAACAACCCUGCGAACUCUCACGUGAACGCAACAUUUACUGCCUUAGAAAACACUCGCAAUUAUUCAAUCUUUUUCCCAAAUAAAUUAAGAAAAUUGAAACUGCAGGCUUGUUUGAUUUUUUUGAUAAGCAGAAUAUUUGAAUGAAAAAUGGGCCAUCGGAACGCCACAAUUCUUUUCAUAUCAAUACAGCUGCAUCAUAUUGUUUAAAAAAAACCUCAAUAAUAUAUUAUAAGACUUACUUCAAAAUACAUCGGUUAUUGUUUAGGAAAAUGAUUUCACAUUUAAUAGGAUUGUAUAAUACUGUAUAACAGAAUAACAUGUUAAAUUUGAGAGCGGCUCGGUGGAGCACUGGGUAGCACGUCCGCCUCACAGUUAGGAGGGUUCGAUUCCACCUCCGGCCCUCCCUGUGUGGAGUUUCCACGUUCUCCCCGGGCCCGCGUGGGCUUUCUCCGGGCACUCCAGUUUCCUCCCACAUCCCAAAAACUUGCUUGGUAGGCCGAUUGAAGACUCCAAAUUGUCCCUAGGUGCGAGUGCAAAUGGUUGUUUGUCUCUGUGUGCCCUGCGAUUGGCUGGCAACCGGUUUAGGGUGACGCCCGAUGACGGCUGGGAUAGGCUCCAGCACUCCCGCGGGGACUAAGCGGUUCAGAAAAUGGAUGGAUGUUAUAUUUGAAAUGUGGAAGCCGCGUGUGCCUGACGCACCAUCUUUUUCCUCAACGCCAAAUGCGCCUGCGCCACACGAGCGAUGGACAUCAUUUCCCAUCGUGCAUCACGGCAAUGAGAAUCGCACAAAAAAGUUGGCAGACUCUCCUUCACGAUGUCUAUGGUUUUCUUUGAUUUGGCGACAACUGGAUUGUACAGAAGAGGAAGAGGAAGAAAAAAAAAACGAGGGAUGACAGAUGACUUUAUUCUGAAUCCUGACUGUCAUAAUUCUGAGAAUAAAG